AUCUUUUUAAUGCUAAAUCGCAUUCGCAAGAACGUGUGGUGAUUAACGGAUUUCGCUUUCAGUUCUUGAAUUAGUCACUGACUUGUAGCCCGGUUGUUUAUCAGUUUAUAUGUACGAGUAUUUCGUUUUGUUAUCAAAUUGCUCCCACGAAUAACAUAAUCAGGGAUUUUCACUCGAGUAGGUAUUUAUGAAAAAUUUCAAUUUGUAACGGGUUAAUUUUAUGGUGAAAUUGGUCCGUUCUUCAGUUAUCUAGGAAAUGGCUCGAACCAAGCAAACAGCCCGCAAAUCGACCACUCCGUUUGUUUACAAUCAGCUUGCAACGAAAGUAGCUCGUAAAAGCGCAAAAACCACACCAUCUCACAUCAAAACUCGUAUCAAAAAACCGCAUCGUUAUCGCCCUGGUACGGUGGCACUUCGAGAAAUUCGUCGGUACCAGAAAUCAACCGAAUUACUUAUUCGUAAAUUACCUUUCCAACGAUUGGUACGUGAAAUUGCUCAAGAUUACAAGCAUGAAUUACGUUUCCAAUGCGCUGCGAUUAGUGCUUUGCAGGAGGCUUGCGAAGCCUAUUUAAUUGGACUUUUCGAAGACACCAAUCUUUGUGCCAUUCAUGCCAAACGUGUCACUAUUAUGCCCAAAGAUAUCCAAUUAGCUCGUCGUAUUCGAGGAGAAAAAUUUUAAAGUUCAUAAUUUUCAUCAAUUUUUGUUAUUUAAUCAUCUCUUGAGAAUCGUGAUGAUUUUUUUUUUUACAAAAUUCGUAAUUAUUAUUGCAUUUAAUAUGUCAUUUUUACUUACCUAUACCUACCUAUCAAAAUAAUGUAGGUAAUAGGUGUACUGGCUUUAUUUUUUGUGGUGUUCUUAUCGUAUUACCAUACUUAUUAUGAUUUUUUAUUACUUACCAUAUCUCAUCUUGAUUGUUGAAUUUUCUUCUUCUGUUAAUUUGUAUGGUAUUAUUACUAGGUAAUAUAAAAGCAUACGUGGAACAUGCAGCGAUAAAUUUUAUACGUGAUAAUAUAGACUUGUUAUUUUUU